AUUAUGGGAGAGAGUGCGAGAGUGAAUGAAGCUUUUUAAUCAACAGCCUGAUGAUUGUUGAAACCUUUGACAAAUGUAACCCUCCCUGAUAGACGCUGCUCACAACACGGUGUUUCUUUACCUUGGCUCUAGCUCAGCAAACUGGGACUGUUGUGGAGGCCACACCAAGUUUGGAUCCAUUAUAGUUUGAAUUUGUCAAUGUUUAAGUUCUCAGACAUAAAAGAGCAUAGUUAGUAUUUGGUGUGGCUUUAUUUAGCACAAACCAACUGAAACCAGUUUAUGAGAAAAACAAGCCUCCUGAUGAUUGACCGUGACUGAUGGUGCUGCACGCUGUGUUCAUCUGUAGCGUCUGGAACCCCCUCAGUUCAUGGCAGAGAUGUUUGAUCUGAGUCCAUGCUGACGGUUGGAGUUUCAUCUCAUUUUAACCAACAAGCCCGUGAUUGGUGAAGUGGUUUGUUCCCAGUUACAUGCAGUGGCACAAAUGUCUCUUCAUGUAGUUACGUGUUUGUUACGUGUGUGACAUGUUGCAGCUGUCGGCUCUGACAUCCUUCCAGGACCUUGUUUUACUGCUGCUGUAAGAAUACUGAAGGUGCAGUCGGCAGGUGCACCCUGCAAAGUAAACAUGGAGGAUUUUAAAGUUCACAAUAUCAGGCAGGGAGCGUUUAAAUAAUGUCCUCCCCUCUCUGUGCGAGGGCCAGCUGGUUUAACAGCACUAUUAAUAGCUGUGUAUGACCUCUAGAAGCCAUGUCGUCUCAGAGAGAAGAAUGGCACGCAUGAUGACGCUGGAUGAGCAACAGAAAGAAAGCCAGUAAACAGAGAGAGAGGGCGGGGCCACACAGAGGGAGCGACUGAGCUGAUAUUUGCCGUCGCUGGGCUGCACGCUUCUUUUUGGCCAGUUAACCUCCUGUUGGUCCACCAUACGCCAUAGAUGGGUGAUCCAGUGACCCUGGAGUCUGCCGCCUCUCCUGGUGUUACAGCAGUGCCCGCAGUGCUAGCUGCAGAAAACCAAGAUGGUGCUAAAAGCCAGCCGUCUAACAAGAAUGGGAAGAAGGCCGACUCCAGUGGCAGCAGCUUCUUCACCUGGUUCAUCGUGUUGGCCCUGCUGGGCGUCUGGACGUCUGUAGCUGUGGUCUACUUUGACCUGGUUGACUAUCAGGGAGUUCUUGAUAAGGCUAAGGGCUUACAAAUUAACCUGUCUGAAGCAUUGCAAGGUAAACUGGUGGCGUACGACACAGACGGCGACGGAGAUUUUGAUGUCGAGGACGCAAAAGUUCUGCUAGGACUGAAAGAGAAGGAUGUUGUCGUCACUUCCCGCAGCCCGGAGGCCGCUGCACCAGCAGAGACCGCUCAUCCUGAAGCCACACCUGAAGCUGCUGUGGAGCCUGACCCUGUUCCUGUGGAAGAUGUGAUUGAAGCUGCUGUGGCAGAAGACACAGCUGCACCCUCACCACCAGAGCCUGAAGCUGCAUCAGAAUCAGCUCCUGAGGCCGAUGAGGUGAUUGAGGAGGAGCCAGAGGUGCUGGAGGAGGAGCCUGCUGCAGAAGAGGAGGAUGCUGCCGUUGAGGAAGAGGAGGUUGCUCCAGCUGAAGAAGAGCCAUCUGCAGAGGAGAUGAUGGGAGACCAGCCUGCAGAGGAGGAGGAGGAAACAGAAGCAGAGGCCGCAGAGGAGACUACAGAGGAGGCCACAGAGGAGACUACAGAGGAGGCCGCAGAGGAGACUACAGAGGAGGCCGCAGAGGAGACUACAGAGGAGGCCGCAGAGGAGACUACAGAGGAGGCCGCAGAGGAGACUACAGAGGAGGCCACAGAGGAGGCUGUGGAGGAGGCCACAGAGGAGGCUGUGGAGGAGGCUACAGAGGAGACCGCGGAGGAGGCCACAGAAGAGGCUGUGGAGGAGGCCGUGGAGGAGGCCAUGGAGGAGGCUGUGGAGGAGGCUGUGGAGGAGACAGAGGAUGAAGCUGCAGCAGAGGUGGAAGAGUCUCUCGCUGAUUCAGUGGAGGACACAGACGAGGAGGUGGCUGAGGAGACAGCUCUUACAGAGGAAGCUGUUGAGGAGCCACCUGAACAAGAGGAGGCUGCUCCUGCACAGGGAACUGAAGAGGAGGCAGCUCGCUUCGAAGAAGCUUAUGAGGAGACGGCAGCAGUAGAAGAGGAGGAGGAGGAGGCUGCUCCAUCAGAGGAACCUGCUGAGGAGGAAGAAGCUGCAGAAGAAUCUGAGGCUGCAGCAGAAGAAACGGAGGCAGCACAUGCAGAAGAAGCUGCUGAGGAAGCUCCUGUAGAGGAGCAGGAGGCUCCUUUAGCAGAAGCUGUUGAGGAGCAAGCUGAAGUAGAGGAAGCUCCUACAGAAGAGACACCAGAGGAGACCACCGAGGAAGAAAUAACUGAGGAGGAAACAGUACCAGUCGCAGAAGAAGAAGCAGCACAUGGUGGUGCAGCAAGGGCUCCUGAGAUGGAGGACCUGUGGAAAGACGAGCCUACAGAAACGUAGGCCACGGCAGUCACCACUGUGAUGGAGCAGGGACCCACUGACAUUGCAUCAGCACCAUCUGAGCUCAGAUGAUGAUGCCCCUCUCCAGAGAAAUGAUUGAGUUGUCACGGCAACAAUCGCCCCUCUCCCCCCAUUUUCAUCCCUCCCUUAAAAUCUCCCUUUUAGUGUCAGUGUGUGAGAUGAUGUUCACUAAUAUGCUUCCUUUACCUUUGUUGUGUUUCUUUCAGGUUUGGGCUCAUUCUUUUGUUUUCCUGUUUUCAGGGUGUUUUAGUUGAGUGUGUUUGGGCCGAUGUCCACUCCCUGUGACGUGCGAGUGUGUGUUGCACUCGCACAGUCUUGUACCUCUCAGCAAAAAGAGCUGGAGCUGCACGUUAAGAAGCUUCACACUUUAAAGUGUUGGAGCAACCAAAUCAGAGAGCCGAAGCUGCUGCUCAGUGUAGAGAGGACUCUAUGCAAAGGUGUGACGCGUGUCGCCCACCUCCUUCCUCCCCUCCUCCUCCUUAGCAUCAGGUGAAUUUACCACUCAGUGUCGACUCCAGGAUGAGCCAUAUGCUAACACAUGAACUGUGUGUGUUUGUGAGUAAUGCGUUGUUAUGUGCGGACAGAUCUUUGCUUAUCCUUCUUGUUGUGUGAGCUGUAGUUUAGUUUUGCAGACUGUGUUUGACUCUUUUCGUUUUGUUAUCUCACUACAUCAAACUGUAUUCUGUCGACUCCUAGCUGGAUCUUCUGUUUGCACAGCUGAACCUCAGCUUGUUGAGCUGUGAGGGCAGCGCCCCCCCACGUUUAUAACAGUGGCUCAUUCCUGUGGAAAUCCAGCCUCUCUGUAGAGGCGUAACGCCACCCUGUCACACACACAAUAAUGUCAAAUCUUAUUUUGAAGGCCAGAUGUAGACUCAAACAUCGUUUCUGUUUGUUCUGUAAAAAUAAAUCACCUCGCUUCACUCGAGGAUGAUGAUGUAUGAUGAUGCGGUGAAAAUGCUGUAGGAAUCAGUAAACACUACGUGUUGUCCUCACUUACUGUAACAACAGCCGUGUGAAUAUGUCUGAUUUUUCUUUCUCCUGUAACACUAGCUGGUGUUUCUGUUUGCUGAAACUUUGCGAGUCAAUGUGAACUGAACCUUUGUAACAUUGAAAAGUAGAAUCUUUACUGAGAGACAACUUUUAGAUUUUUUAAUAGAUUUUUUAAAAAGAAUUUGGAGAGAUGAGAAGAAUUCUUAUUUCCAGAAGAUGCUUGCGGUGCUUUGUACUAAGCCAUAAGCUGUUUGCUGACUUUGUCCUGUGAAGCACAAACAAGAGAAACACUGUUGGGUUUUCAGUACUCGGCCCUGGUCACAGGUCACGUUCCUGUCUCAGAGGGUUGUGGCGCACAGGCAGCGCUGUUGCUAAGCAGAGGCCACUUCUGAUGAACACUAUGCAACAAAGUAUCGAUGAUGACAGAGGAGCGGAGGGGGCGUGGCCACCGUCUUCAAUGACAUGCUGUCUUUGAGCCAUAACCCUCAGAUUAUGGUUGAGUGUGCAGGUGUGACACUGUGCUGACUAAAUGAUCAUGAAGUACUGACGGAGAUUUGAAGUGGGAAGUUUUUCUGUUCUGGGAGCUACAAUAAAAGAUUUGGGACAACA